AUCAAUAUCUUGUAAGAGAAAAAAUGGGUUCUCUAACAACUAUUAUUUUUUUCCUCUUUGUUAUUUAUGCUCAAAAUGGAGCACAAGGUGAAAUUCCCAAAAACAUCAUGCAUCAUAUUAAAGUAGCCAACAAAAAUGGCCCUUAUAUUGGUGUUGUAAUACCAAACUUAUUUGAGCUCAACCCUCUUCUUCAAUCUCCUAGCUUCUCUGCUAGCAAGUUUAUCAUUGAUUUUUCAGGUAGGAGAUUUCGAUUCGGAACCAUAGCUGAUAAGAAAGUGAUCUUGGUCAUGACAGGACUUGGCAUGGUAAACGCAGCUACAACAACUCAAUUGUUGCUAAAUUUAUUCGAAGUAGAAGGAGUUGUACACUAUGGUAUUGCUGGAAAUGCUGAUCCUUCUCUUCAUAUUGGAGAUGUUGCUAUUCCUCAAUAUUGGGCUCACCUUGGUCUUUUGAAUUGGCAGAGAUUUGGACAUGGACCAGAAGAUGAAUUAGCCCUUGAAGCAGCAGGAGAUUACUCUAGGGAAUACGGCAAUUUAAGAUUUGCUGAUUACACAGCAAAUGUUACUGAGGCUGAUAACCUCUUGAACAGAAUUUGGUAUCAAGCUGAAGAGAUUUUCCCAAUUGAUGGAGUUCCUGAGGAAAGACAACAUGCCUUUUGGGUUCCUGUUGAUCCUCAUUACUUCGCCGUUGCCAAGAAACUUCAGACUUUAGAAUUGGAGAAAUGUGUGAAUGCAACCACAUGCUUAGAAACAACACCCAAAGUGACCACGGUAUUAAGAGGAGCAAGUGCAAGUAUUUACGUAGACAAUGCAGCUUAUAGAAGCUUUCUCUUUGACACUUUCAAGCUAAGUCCGGUUGAGAUGGAGAGUGCCGGUGUGGCACUCGUAUGCCACCAGCAAAGGGUUCCCCACAUUACCAUUCGCGCUCUCUCCGAUUUAGCCGGUGGUGGUUCUGCUGAGUUUAAUGAGGCUGAUACUUUCUUACCGGUUGCUGCAACUAAUUCUGUUCUUGUUCUUGUUGAAUUUAUUAAGCAGUUGUCACUUUCUAAAGCUUCUUUUUGAAAUGUACGUUAAAUGAUUUAUGCAUGAAACUUAACUAAGAAUGUUUUUCCUUCUUAUUGAAUUUAUGGAAUAAAUUUGAAUUAUGAAUAA